GGUUUUAAAUUGUUGCGGUCGUCUGGGUGAUUCAAGGAAAGUUAAACAUAGAAAUAAGGUAAGGCUCACUUUUGGUGGGAUUUUUUUUUGGUUAUGGCAGUCCUUUUGAAUAUGUAUUACCUAUGUUACAGGAUGUUCAUCCGGUCAGUGUGACUCGUUGGGGUGGCAAACAUCUGAUCUCUGCCUGACAAGACAGAGUGGCAAUAAAUAAUAGUGUCAUUUCAUCUGAGCCAUCAUGACUAACAUCAAGCUCCAGAGCUCUGAUGGGGAGGUUUUUGAAGUGGAUGUCGAAGUUGCCAAGGCCUCUGUUGUCAUCAAAACGAUGCUAGAAGACCUAGGCGUUGAUGAGGGUGAGGAGGAGAUCGUCCCCCUGCCCAAUGUGAACGCGGCCAUCCUGCGCAAGGUGCUGCAGUGGGCCUCGCACCACAAGGACGACCCGCCGCAGCCCGAGGAUGACGAGAACAAGCAGAAGAGGACGGACGACAUCAGCAGCUGGGACGCCGACUUCCUCAAGGUGGACCAGGGCACGCUCUUCGAGCUCAUCCUGGCGGCCAACUACUUGGACAUCAAGGGCCUUCUGGACGUCACGUGCAAGACAGUGGCCAACAUGAUCAAGGGCAAGACGCCCGAGGAGAUCCGAAAGACUUUCAACAUCAAGAACGACUUCACUCCUAUCGAGGAGGAGCAAGUCCGCAAGGAGAACGAGUGGUGCGAGGAGAAGUAGGCAGUCGGGGGAGAGUGGAACUUAACCCGGCGCCGGCGUCCGCGCGCCGCUCUGUGCGAUCCAGGAGCGGGUCCCGCCGCGGACCUCCGAGCGGGCCACACGGCGCGCGGACAGCCUGGCGGACAUUGAACCAUGUGAACGCGCGAGCCCAGCCGACCGCGAUCGGGUCGAGUGUUUGUUGAUUGUGAUCCCGGCGCGGCUGAUGCAGUGCAGUGUAGAGGACUGGCUCAGACUCGGACAGGCCAGUGGGGAGCGCUGGCCACCGUCCGCGACUUAGAGACUGACUCAGCGUCGGCCGGCCUCGGCCAGCGGCGGUGUUCGAACGCGUCGCUCGGUCCUACUCCAAUGCCAUCUAUCCCCGACCAGCCCAGGCGUCGCGCGCGCAAUGCCCCUUUGGUUAGCAUCUUUCACGCGCUUCGCUGACCUAGAUUUGUGAGUUAACAUUGUGAUGUAGAAGCCAGAAGGUAGUUGAUGGGCACAGCUGUUGGUUUGAGUUUCCCCUAAGGCAUUCCCAUGUGAUCCCAGUAGCAGCUAUGCGGUAUCUUUGAUUCCUCCGGUUAUCUUCUUAUUCUCUAUCCCAUGAGUAUGCUACCGCUAUUUGCUGUGGAUAUGCUGUUGCCAGUUUUUAUCUUGAAUUCAAACGCUCUGAAAUACAUUUUUGAAAUCA